CACAAAACACAGUUCAUUAGUUUGAUUUGAUUAUUUCCUUUAUCACCAUGUCGUCAGGCAACUUUUUGUACGUUUUCUUAGUACUCCUGGGAUUAACAUUUGGUGAAAAUCUUACUAAUAGUUCAGGAGCGUUCGGAGAUGGUAUUAGAGGCAACUGCACGUGCGGUGGAUUCCCGACUUCAACUCCCCAUCCAGACCAGUCACCCAUUCUCUCACAAUCGCCGGGACUGGUUGUGGUCUGCGACGAGGAAGGCGAGGAAACCUGCAAGAGUCUUUGCCUCGCGCUAGCCACGACCGCGAAGGCAAAAGGACCUGAGAUCUUGUGUAACAGACUUGGUAGCGCUAUCGACCUUAAAUUGUCAGCCUUUUACAAAGCAUGCGACAAGCCCUGGAUCUACGCCGACAUGACAGCCGAUGAGCCUCUUUGCUGCGACAACUCCAAGGUUAAAAUUUGUGCAUCAGCUGAAGUCACCACUGUACAACCUCUCCUUUAAUUUCAUUAUUAACUAUUCGGGUACAUGACGUCUUUCUAACCUGAAUUCAUAGGUCUAAAUAUGUUAUGCUAUUCUUUCCAUUGAAUAGAUUUUCAAAAAUACUACUUAUCUACUUUUAGCCUAGUAAAUUUUCCUUUAGAGAUUGAGUUAUGUGAGCGGAAUUUGUUAUUCUACGUCGAAGACCAUUGGAGAAUACGUGAAUAGAACAGCAGCUGUAGGUACUUAUAUCAAUAUAUGUAUUGUGAAUUGGAUUAAAUUAAUAUAAUUUUGUAUA